GUUAUUUACUUAUUUGGAAUAAAUCAUGAAUCAUAUCGUUUUAAUCAAUGCAGUGGAGAGAUGAUAAAUCCCGAUAAUUUCUUUAAGCAAUAUGUGACGGCCUGUGGAUUUGGAUAUCUUUGCAACAAUAGUUUGGAAAAUGCAACUGGUUUGUAUGUGCCCAGGAGCCUAGGGCCUUGUCCAUCUUGUGCAUGUGAUAAUGGCUGCUUUUCUAGAAAUGAUUGUUGUCCUGAUAAACUGUUUACUCGACCAUGGACAGCAUGUGAAUCUACCUCAAUUAACAGUCUAUAUGAAACUAAUCUGGUCAAGUAUCCUUUAAUUAGCAGCUGCCCUGCAAAUGCUUUGUAUGAAGAUACACUGUCAUGUUAUGACCCAAAUAAUCCUUUUACUGCAUCCACAUAUCAAUACAGGCAUACACCGGUAAAUUCCAAUCGAACACAACUGUCUUAUAAGAACAUUUUUUGUGCCUUAUGUCAUGCAGAAGACCCGGCAGAUUUAGAAAAAUGGGAUAUAUACAUCAGCAACAGCAGUUGUGAACCGGAAGUGUAUAACAUUGAGUCUUCGUUUUCCUUUUCUGAAUUAGCCGACCCUAGAUUUCAUACGUUUUGUGAUGCCUGGUAUAUACCUAAGUCUUACAAUAUGGUUCCGCAAUGUUCUAGUGAAGAUCAAAUCCUAUAUAACGAUUGCAAUAUAACAGGAACUUGGACAGCUUAUAACGUUGACAUAUACCAUGCUUGCCGCUCAGGCUACGGUCCAUCUUUUCGCUUGUACAGUAAUAUAUUUUGUUUUAUGUGUAAUCCACCUAGACAACACGUUCCGCUCAUAUCUUCAUGCAAUUUAAACAUUUUGAAUACAAUGUAUGGGAACGAUCUGUUCACUUUGUGCAACAAACAAGAACUGUCAUUUAUAACUUUUCCUUACAAAAAUGUAUUUUGCUACCUCUGUAACUUGAUAGUGAAAGAUGACUUCCUUUACAAACCAUUUUCUGCAACAGAAAACGAGUUUCUUUUAAAAAAGUCCGUCGUUUACAUUUACACAAAUAUUAGGCUGAACAAUUUAGAUCAUGUUGUAAAACAAAACGCUGACGUUUCUACAGAUUUACCUUCUUUCUAUGACAAAACUUCAAUCGUUUUGAAUGGUGUUCAUUACAAUCUGUCGUCUCUGCUACUGACAAAAGUUUUAUCAUCUCCAACAAAUAUUUGCAAUAAGAAUAAUCUUCCUCGUAAUUUUCGUAACUUAACCGCACAGAACUGCGACUGUGAUCCGAACUGUCUUUUUACAAACAAGUGCACCUGUUGUGUUGAUGUUGCAAUAUCAUAUCCGUUAGAGUGCUUCAAUUCAUUAUUUGUAGUAACAAAUGGAUGUUAUGGUGAUAAAAACAUUGGCAAACCGUAUUUUUCUACCAUUAACUUCCUCUGUGAAUCAAAUACCAUAUGA